UAAGGAAGAAGGCUCAACACCCAAGUUGUAUUUACACUCGCUACAAGCGCACGUCAAAUAUGACAGCAAUUUCAGUGUUUGUAUCAACACACUCUACAUGCAAAAUAAAGCCACAAAUCACCCCUCAAGCUUUUUCAAAGGCAUUAGUGUUAGUAUUGUUAUUUUUAUUAAACGAGCUUAUAAAGUAAUGUGUGUUAUGCUGUCAUUUUCCCACCUAGCUCUCAAAAUCUAUGUGCACUGUGUAUGUAACAGUUAGAAAAUAAUAAUUAUUUUAGUGGCAACUUGAAUAAGCAAAGUAAUAUUUCAAAAAAUGUUUAAAUAAAGAAAGGACUUUAAAGUAGAUUUGAACUUACUCCUUUACAUGAUGUGGCCUCAUGAUUAGGUUGUGAUGAAAGUGCUUAAGUAGUGGAUACAGAUUAAUGUGCUAUUAAUCAAAUCAUCAUCAACUAAUUGCCACAUGGUUAACCUAGUCAAAGGGUUGGUAAUCUAACAAUUUGAACUACAGAUGUUUUGUCUUGCAGUGAGAGUAGCGAGGGUGAAAACACACAAGUGCAGCUGUAGGAAGUUGAGCAAGGGCCAGCUGUGAAUCCCACUGUCUUGUUGCAUCAGAGAGAUCGAGUCAAGGCCAGCUGAACGCACUGGGAAUCGCGGUGAUACAUUGAUCACAGAGUGGAGCGAGCUGCAUUUCACAUCCAAGAGGGCCAAUGGUACAACUGUUUGUACAUCAACUGUCGCACACAGUUCUUCUCCAUCUUUGCAUUAGUAUUACUUCAAGCUCCUUGGUGGAGUUCUAAAGAGAGGGAUGACCAGCUGCAGUGACAGUGAUGAGGGAGCAGAAAAACCCAACAAGAACCAGAAGAAGAAGAGAAGAAACGGAGAAAAGCAUGUGUCUUUCCCCCCUGAUGAACAGAUAGUAUCCGGCUUUGCUGAGCACAGGAACACGACCAGAAAGGUUGACAGCUGCCUCACCUUGACAGAGGUAAUGGCGGCCUACGAGCAGAGCUGCAGCAGACACCAGGUCCAACCCAGAGCGCACAUCCUGCAACAGCUCCAGCAGGGUGUGUGUGUAGGUGGCAGUGUGAAAUGUCUGGAUCUCAAAGGUGAGCGAUUAGACCACCGCUCCUGUGAAGCUCUGGAAGCCGUCCUGAAAUCGCUGCACUUUGAUUUCAUCAAUCUGCAGGCAGCCCAACUGGAAGAAAAUGGAGCAUCGUCCUUGCUGGAUAUGAUUUUGUACUAUGAAUCUACAACCCAUCUUGACAUUUCUGACAACAGCAGUAUGGGAACAUCGUGUUGGAGGGCCCUCGCUCAUUUGAUAAAGCAGAGUGUGCGUCUGUCCAGACUGGAUGUGAGUAAUGUGCCGUUGGUAGACUACCCAGCUCAGUCUCUAUCUAAAGCUCUGCUGACCAGCCGGCUCACAGUGCUGCACCUUCACAAUGCCCAGCUCAGCGGCAUGCCACUAUACACACUGGUUGGUGCACUGAAGUCAAACAAGGCUUUGCGAGAGCUCCACCUUGCCAACAACCUGCUGAACAGCUACCAGGACGCCCUGCAUCUAGGAGACUUGCUACGCUACAACACCACCUUACAGACACUGGAGCUCAGCAACAAUGCUUUGGCAGAUGCUGGUUUGGAGGAGCUGUGUGACGGUCUGAGGCGACAGACAGCAGGUCUGAAGGUCCUGCUGCUGAGGAACAACCAGAUCACUGCAAAAGGCAUGGUCCAUCUGGCCGGGGCCCUGCCAGCGCUGAAGGUCCUGCAGGUCCUGGAUUUGGGUGAGAACCUCCUGGGAAACGAGGGGAUCCAGGUCAUAAGGGAGCCUCUGAUGGUGAACUGCUCAGUGCUGCAGCUCAGCCUGGCCCAAGCCAAUAUCAGCUGUGAAGGUGCUGUGGCGUUGGCAGAGUUCCUCGCAGAGAGUCGUCAGAUUCAGCGGCUGGACCUCCGUCAGAAUGAGGUGAAGGUUGGAGGCCUGAUGGCCUUGUGUCUGGCCCUGAGGAUCAACCACUCUCUUGCUAGCCUGGAUUUGGACCACAUACCCCUACAGGAGCAAGAUGAGUUUCUGAUGGAGACUCAGACAAGGCUUCGGUCAGAGAUCACCCGGCACUGCCUCGCCAACGUCAGCCGCUCCCACCUCGCCAUGGAAACCUGUGAGACAUUACCCGCCGAGGCCGACGAACGAGCUGACAGCGCGGCCACAGCCUGAGCUCACACGCCCAGCACACAGAGGAGGGAAAAUGGUUAACCUUGUACAGAUCACCUCAGAAACCACUCAUGGAUUCAGUCACACAGACGCUGUCUCCCAGAGUCCCAAACCCAAACAGCUGACUAGCAGAUAUAUGCGAAUAAUAAUUCUAUCGCAAAUAAUGAUAACCAUAAAACUCCAAAUCCGGGUAAUAAAGGCGGAGCAGAGCUCCCUAAUGAAACGCCGCCUCCCUGCUGUUUCCCGCCUAAUGUUCCCGCCGAGCCGCUCGCCACUUUCCAUAAAGCAAUUUUGCAAGCCCACUUCAAACGUGAAUCACCUAGAAUUGAGGAGAACUGCCCUCCUCACACCCCACCCUUCUGAACUCCCCCACCAUCACCCCUCCCCUUCCUACAACACUCACAACUGCUCUGUGUGUCUGUGUCGCAAAUCCCUGUUUGCUUGUGUUCCAUCAUCACUUAAUGUUCACAGUGAUGCAUUGCGGGACACUCCUCCGAGGUGCGCGUGUGUGUGUGUGUGUGUGUGUGUGUGUGUGUGUGUGUGUGUGUGUGUGUGUGUGUGUGUGUGUGUGUGUGUGUGUAGGGAUGUAGCAUCAUUACUCUGACAUUGGUAGCAGCCAUGGACUCAGCCAAGUUCCAUCUGCAUUAAUCAGCUGAGAAGCACAGGCAGGCAGACGUUCGACAGCAAUACAAUGUGGAACAACUGAGCCCAGUGCAUCCAGCUACAGUAAACAGGGCUGUGAGGUGUCUGUCAGAAGGCCUGCAGGGUUGUUCUUUUCACUGGUUUGCUGCUUAAUGUUGUCAGUUUAGCAAACUAUAAGCCUUUGUGAACAGGCUACACUAAGGCUGCGGCCAGACUGCAGGCCAAAAUGACCUAAAUCCAGUUAUUUUGCUCAUAUGUGACUAAGACCUCAUCUUUUUUUAACAGUGUGAACAGGUCAAGUCACAUGGAAUCUGAUCUUUUCCAGUUCAGACUUUCAUUUGUGGUCCAAAUCCACUGUGGAUGACUGAAAAAGCUCCACAAAAAGCCAUUAUCAACAUGUGACUCUUUUUCUUCUUCGCAUCACUAUCAUCUGCUCACAUAUUCCCUUUCUCACACCUGAAAUCCACCGGACCGCGAGCUCUCUUCUGAGUUACGUACAUGCUACUUGUGUCUGUGCCGACAUAGCGGAAAGAGGGAGAGAAAGGGAGUGAGUUGCAGGCAGUUGCGUUGUACAGCGCCAGAAACUGUAAUGAAAAGAACAGAAAGUUGUGAACACUUGUCAUUAUUCAGGAGAAAUGUGACCUGUGAGAGGACAAUAAAGCCCCUUUUCCACUGCACGGUACAAGCUCGCCUCGGCUCACCUUUUUUUUGGUUUUUCCAUUGUGGAAAUGUUGCACCUGUACCUCCUUCUAGGUACUUUUUUCGUAUCACCUCCGUCGAGGUUCCAAGCGAGCUGAUUCACUGCAUCAUCAUUGCG